GAGUCGUCCAUUCGUUGCACAUCAACUAAUACUCUCCUUAAUAAUACAAACUCAACAACUCUCUCACCAACCACCAACCACCACCACCACUUCACUUUUUACCUUUCAAGUUCUAAUACCCAACAAUCAAAAUGCGUUACACUAUCGCCUUCGCUGCUUUCGCCGGCCUGGCCGCCGCCGUUCCCCAGUACGGUGCCUACCCGGCUGAGACCCCCAGCAGCGCGCCUGCUCCCACCGAGUCCUGCUCUGAGACUCCCGCCUACCCGGCCAUGACUCCCUCGCCCACUCCCGAGCACCCCGGCUACCCUGCUCAGCCUCCCAAGGAGAGCUCUCCUCCUUCUCCCGGCUACCCAGCUCAGCCCCCCAAGGAGAGCUACCCUGCUAUGCCUCCUACUCCUCAGCAGAGCCACCCUGCUCAGCAGCCUCCUUCUCCCGGCUACCCUGCCCAGCCCCCCAAGGAGAGCCACCCUGCUAUGCCUCCUUCCCCCGCGCAGAGCCACCCUGCCCAGCCUCCUUCUCCCCACAACCCCACGGUUCCUGAGGCUGCUACCAGCUCUUGCCUGAGCUCCACCACCAUCACCAUCACCGUCCCCUACCCCACCGGUACUGCCUCUCCUUCGCCAUCCAAGCCCGUCGGCGGUGCUCCCUACCCAUCCAAGCCCGUUGGUGGUGCUCCCUACCCCUCCGUCCCCGCUGGCACUGGCGCUCCCCCUGCCGGCACUGGAUACCCCACCAAGACUGGUGGCUACGUCAAGCCUACUCUUCCUCCUCAGUUCUCUGGCUCUGCCAACUCGCUCAACGUCGGUGGCUUCGUUGCCGGUGUUGGUGCUUUCGCUGCUUUCUUCUUGUAAACGUCAUCUUCAACUGAGCUUGCUUUCGGGUAGGCUAUGACUUUACACGAGUGCGUUGCAUAGAGGUUUGGUCUGCUCUUGCGGGUAUAUAUCCUUGGUAUCGGAAAGGGUAAUUGUAAUUAGUUGGGGACGAUUUGAUAGCAAUCGAACUUGAAAACACGUUUCUUCCUUUUGUGACGCGCUUGGGACCUGCUCAACUGUAUCUACCCAGUGUCAUGUUUAUCUACUUGAAUUUACCUUUAUCUUCUUACAUUCCGAGUAAACCCUGCCUGUGUACGUUUCUAUCGUCAUUGCUAUGGUUUGAGUACAGCGGGUGCUUGCUACGGUAUGAAUUUUUC